CGGGUCAGCAGAUCAGGAUGGACCUCUCUACAGCUCUGACCCUGCUGGGCCUGGUUCUGGCUCUCAUCUGGACCCUGAGAGAAAAAGUGGGUCGGAACCUUCCUCCUGGACCCUUCGCGCUGCCGCUGAUCGGAAACCUGCUGCAGAUCAACAAGAAGGCGCCUUUCAGGAGCUUUGUGGAGUUGAGUAAAACCUACGGUCCGGUGAUGACCCUGCACCUGGGCUGGCAGAGGUCCGUGGUUCUGACCGGAUAUGAGACCGUGAAGGAGGCCCUGGUGGACCAGGCAGAGGACUUCACAGGAAGAGCCCCGGUUCCGUUCCUGCAUAAAGCUACCAGAGGGUUCGGUAUUGGCAUCAGUAACGGGGAACGUUGGCGCCAGCUGCGGCGCUUCACGCUCACGACCCUCAGAGACUUUGGGAUGGGUCGUAAAGGGAUGGAGGAGUGGAUCCAAGAGGAGAGCAAACACCUGAGGGAGGGCAUCCAGAGCUUCAAAGGCAAAUCUUUUGACCCGUCCAUUUUGUUGAGUCGCACCGUGUCCAACGUGAUCUGCUGCCUGGUGUUCGGCCAGCGCUUCAGCUAUGAAGAUGAGCAGUUUGUGGACCUUCUGGCCACCAUAUCUGAGAUUGUACGGUUCAACAGCAGCCCUCUGGGUGUGAUGUACAACCUCUUCCCCUGGCUCAUGGAGCGUCUUCCCGGCAAACAGCACUAUGUUUUUGAAAAAAUCGACGAGAUCAGAGCUUUUGUCAUGAAGAAGAUCCAGGAGCACAAAGACACGGUGGACCCGAGCUCACCCAGAGACUUUAUUGACUGCUUCCUCAUCCGGGCUCACCAGGAAAAGAAUAAUCCCUCCACUGAGUUCCACUACGACAACCUGGUGGCGACGGUGAUUAAUCUGUUUGUGGCGGGAACAGAAACCACCAGCUCCACCAUCAGAUACGCUUUUGGUGUUCUGAUCAAACAGCACAAAAUUCAGGAAAAAAUGCACGAGGAGAUCGACACCGUGAUUGGGAAGGAACGGUGCCCCAGCAUGGAGGAUCGAAAGUCCCUCCCAUUUUCGGACGCCGUCAUCCACGAGGUUCAGCGUUUCCUGGACAUCGUCCCCUUCAGCCUCCCUCACUAUGCCCUGCAGGACUUCUCCUUCAGGGGUUACACAAUCCCUAAGGGGACGGUGAUUUUUCCUUUGCUGCACUCUGUGCUUAAAGACGAAAAGCAAUGGACGAAUCCCAUCUCCUUUGACCCCCAGCACUUCCUGGACCAGAACGGCAACUUUAAGAAAAAUCCUGCUUUCAUUCCUUUUUCUGCAGGAAAAAGAGCGUGUGUUGGCGAGUCUCUGGCACGCAUGGAGCUGUUUCUCUUCAUCGUGGCGAUCCUGCAGAACUUCAGCCUGUCCUGCCCUGAAGGCCCCGACAGCAUCGACCUCAUCCCGGAGUACAGCAGCUUCGCCAACUUGCCUCGGCGCUACAACAUCAUCGCAACGCCACGRUGAGGCAGAGAAGCUGCUCUCCAUUGCCAGGAUCUCCAUUCAGUUCGGUUAUUCCUGCAUAACACGUUUUAUUGAACAAUUUGUUGUUAUUCUGCUUAGGAAAGAUCAAAAUGGAAGAAAAUUUGGUUUCUGUGAGUGUUUUAGGGGUCAUGGGUUGAAAUAAGAAUCCAUCGUUCUGUUUGAGAGCAACAGACCAACAUUUGGGUCCAGAAACGUUGAUGAGUUGAACAAACUCUUGGGUCCAGGAUCACUAACCUCUAAACAAAACAUUAAAUCUGUAAAACUCUAACAGCAGAAAAGCAUGUGUGCAGACUCAUGUUUUUUGUAAAUAACCUUUGUAAACCAUUUUUGUCAACCUAUCACCCAGCUUUUCAUAUGUAUUUUUACUUAUUUCAUGUAUUUUACCCAAGUACACUUAUAUUCAUUGUACAAUAAGUAAUAUAAAUGUAUUAUAUGAAAAUGAAUGUUGCAAAAUAAAUUUGUGUGACUAACAUA